AUGUCCGCCCAAGGUUCUCCCUCGAAGAAGGCCGAGCCCUUUGAGCAGCAACAGCUCAAGGGGUGGCGAUACCUCAAGAAGAUGCCCGUCGCGACUAAGUCGACCCUUCUUCAGGCCGAAAAGGUCAAGCCCAAGAUCGUCGACGUGGACCAGGAGGAGCUGGACAACGCCUUUAGGCGUAACCAAGUUACUGCGGUCAACGCGUUGGUCGCUCAGUACCAGGGGGGUUGGAAGUUCGCCUGCCAGCCCUGCUUCGAAUUGGCGACUACCGGGGACCACCGCGCCCGAGUCGACGGCGAAUGGGUCGACUGCAUCCGUGUCAGCCAAACUUGGUUGUGCAGGCACGUCCUCGCCACUCCGGGAGAGACCUCCCGCGCCACCUCCUGCUACCUUUGCAGGACUAUCGCAGCUCGGUCCUGCACCCCCAUGAACCCCAACGUCGUCACGGCUUUCCGACACGACCUCGGAGUUCGACACCGGGUCCGCGCCGGACUGCGGUACAUCCAGGACCCUGCGGUCUCGCGAAGGAGUCUUUUCCCUCACGUCCCCGCUCCCGCCGUCUACCAUGUGGAGCACCAGCUCACCGCCCGGCUGGUCGCCCAGCACGCCCCGAACGCCGUUCCCGCCGGAUCGGUCGCUACCGACGUCAACGUCGACGUCCAAAUCGCCGGCUCCGACGUCGUUACUCCCGGAUCGCCCGCGCCGACCGUCAUCGAGGGGGAGGACAUGGAGGACCUCGAUCUCGAGGACGACCGUUCGGACGACGAAGACGCCGAGAUGACUUCGUCCUCGGGUUCUUCUUCUUCGGGAUCGGGUUCGGGUUCGGAUGAGGAGUAA